UAUGGUGGCGCAAUGCUCGUGCGGAACAUCCUUGUCGCAGACGCAGUAAAGUACGCCGUCCUUUCCUGAGUGAUGCAAGAGCUUUCCCAACGUGUUUGGUCUCUUACUGUAGUCCAACCCUAACGUCGUGUCGGGAUUGUGCUUUGCGGCAUUCAGCCGGAUCGUGCCAAGCACUUCAUGGCCGGUGGGCACCAGAUACGACUGCACAAAGAUGCUCGGUGCUAGUCCUGUAGCCACGCAUAUAAGACUAUAACUUGGCAGAAGAGAGACGUCGUCGUAUUUGGAGUCUAGAUCAAAAUAUACACUUGGAGUCUCAGCAUCCUCGUCCUCGUUGUCGUCUACAGCACGGGAAUGAAUCGGCAAUACCUCGCCAAAAAAGGUCGCCAUUUUGAAACGUGAUGGCGAUAACAACUCUGCUGCUUCCAGUCGACUUUCGCCAGCUCUAGCCAAGACUAGCCACUAGACCAUCCAUAACGAGCACAUUUCUCCUCGAUGAAUGGCAGCCGUCGCAGAGGCAGAGUACGCGAACCACAGAUCCCGUGUAAAACGUAGAAAACUACUUGCACUCGCGUCACUAGUGUUAGUCGAGCUUGACGGCAGCUCGUCCUCAGACUGCGAAGGAAUGUCUCAGGAUGACUCUGAGGAUGACUACAUGUCCGAGAACGUUUUAUCUGCAUGCCACGAUCACAGACCGGGGCUGGCUUUUAACCACGCAACAAAGCGCAAGCUUGAGGCGGAAAAGAAGCGCAUGGAAGCAAACAAGCGAAAUAACAUGAAAUCUCGGAAAGUGCUUGAACAAGAAAGCAGGACAGAAGCUUUGAGCAAGCCAAUCGGGGAGGACAACAAGGGCUUCAGCCUACUUAAGAAGAUGGGAUUCAAACCUGGAAUGAGCCUUGGAAAAACAGGAACGUCAAUAAGGGAACCAAUUCCGAUUGUUGUGAAGGAAGGAAGAGGGGGCCUUGGACAAGAAGCUGAAGCACGGGAACGUAUUGAAGCCAGGUUGAAGACAGUCUCUGAAGCUGAAUGCAGUCGCAUGGCAGAAAAGUUCAGAGAAGCUAAAAGAAACGUCAUCGUGGAGCGAAAGGUGAUUGGAGACCUGCGCAAAAGCCAGCGUGCAUGCUGCCAGCUUGACCAAGAGAAGGAUGUUACGGUACCAGAACAGCCAUGGUUCUGGCCGCCAGAAAAUGCGAAGGCGGAUAAAUCCAGUGAAGAAGAAGAUGAUGAUGAUCCCCCACCUAAAGACCAGCACCAGGAGUCUCAGUGUGGAAGUGACGAAGAGGACAAGGAUGAGGAGGCCACGGAAAUGGAGCCAUUAGAACAGCUGCAGUUGGUCACAUCAUACCUAAGAGAUAUUCAUCAUUAUUGUAUCUGGUGUGCGAUCCGCUUUGAUGGUUUGGAAGACAUGAAAGACAACUGUCCUGGUCCAACAAGAGAAGAUCAUGAAGAGUAGACAUAUUUGUAAAUAAUUUUCAUUGUAUUUCAUUUUAUAAUAAAAUCAGAACAUGUCCAGAGGA